GACGGGACGGCGUUGCCUAGCAGCAGGGCGGAGGACUCGCGCUUUGUCCGUUAACCGUUCGCCCGAGGAGGGCCCGUGGAUAUUAACCCCCCUCCCAACACCCACAACGCCCCCCCCCCCCCGCCCCUCAAACCAUCCCUCCCCAGCACCGCUCGCUCGGUGUCCGGUAGCCUCCGUUGAGAGCUCGUCGCCCGCCAUGACCCAGACCGUGACGCUAACGGGACCGUCUCCGUGGGGCUUCCGGCUGGUGGGAGGACGGGACUUCAGCACCCCGCUGACCGUCUCCAGGGUGACGCCGGGCAGCAAGGCCGCCCAAGGUGACCUGAGUCCGGGCGACACCAUCCUGGCCAUCAACGGCAACAGCACGGAGCUCAUGACGCACAUGGAGGCUCAGAACCGCAUCAAGACUUGCACUCAGCAGCUGGCGCUCCACAUCAGCAGGUCGGGAUCAGGAGACAGAGUGUGGUCGCCGACGGUUAUUGAAGACGGCAAGACAAGCCCUUACAUGGAGCCCAACUCCCAGAAUUUCCGUCCCAUCACCAGCGGUUAUGGCAGUUCCAGUCGCAAACCUUCGUACACCCCUGAACCCCAGUACCCACAGACACCCCAGUCCCCCCAGGGCCUCCAGUACCAGCAGGCUCCCCAGUCCCCCCAGGGCCUCCAGUACCAGCAGGGCCUCCAGUACCAGCAGGCUCCCCAGUCCCCCCAGGGCCUCCAGUAUCAGCAGGCUCCCCAGUACCAGCAGGCUCCCCAGUCCCCCCAGGCUCCCCAGUACCAGCAGGCUCCCCAGUCCCCCCAGGGCCUCCAGUACCAGCAGGCUCCCCAGUCCACUCACCUGAAUAACGGACACUCCAGACCGAACAACGGCCACAGCCACGGCUAUGGGAACGGCAACGGGCACGCUCAGUACAACAACCCGGCAGGACUUUAUCAUAACGGCAGCAAUGGAGACAGAUCCUUGCCGAGCAAGAUGGGCGGCUUGAGCCUCAGCGCCACUCACAGCCCGGAGCCCCCCACUCAGUCCCCCGUGGGGGGGAAUGGAUUCGACCCACAUUCAGACGUGUACAAGAUGCUGCAGGACCACGAGGAGCCCGUCUCUGCUCCCAAACAGUCCGGCUCCUUCAAGUACCUGCAGGGGAUCCUCGAGGCCGAGGACGGAGGUGUGUCCCCAACGGACCGAAUGAGGAGCUUGAAGUCUCCGGUCAUGUCUCCCGUCCCCAAACUGGGGAGCCCCGUCCCCGGCCCCGUGCCCGGCCUCCAGAAGCUGCCCCAGUGCACCCGCUGCUGUAACGGCAUUGUCGGCACCAUCGUGAAGGCCAGGGACAAGCUGUACCACCCCGGCUGCUUCACCUGCGACGACUGCAGCGUGAACCUCAAGCAGAGGGGCUACUUCUUCAUCGAGGACAACCUGUACUGCGAGACGCACGCCAUGGCCCGCGUCCAGCCCCCCGAGGGCUACGACGUGGUCGCCGUCUACCCAAACUCCAAGGUGGAGCUGGUCUGAGUCCCGGGCUGGUUGCGCCGCCACCCAAGCUGAGGAGAUGGGGGCGGGGCUACAGAGCACAACGGCGAGCAUUCAUCAGGCUCCGCGGGGGAAGGAACGCCGACCUCGGAUCGCUUUUGGGAGUCGUCGAGGAUCCGAGGUCCGCUUUGCUACUCCGACAGUCUGGAUGAACGCCAGCGCGAGCUGACAGAAUUAAACUUCUGAUGAGUUUCCCCCGAGCGAACGAGCACCAGAGUAUGAAUCAAAACAGGCGACGCAGGAUGAGAGGAAGGUGUGUGUGUGUGUGUGUGUGUAUGUGUAUGUGUGAUUACUUUCUACCAGCAUAACAAUCAUCAUCGCCUCCCUCUGAAACCCUCACGCAGCCUUAAAGAACCACACUAACGUGUGUGUGUGUGUGUGUGUGUGUGUGUGUGUGUGUGUGUGUGUGUGUGAGUCCAUGGUGUUUAUUUGGACUCGUUUCCCUUUACUCCGCGUGGCCUUUGCAUCUUUGAUAAACACCUUUGUGUGUUUCUGGCGGUCGCUUCUGGCGUGAUGAUAUUUAAGGUCUAAAGGGCUUCUAGGGUUCCUCUGUGUUUCUGUUUGACUUUCUCUGCUUCUCCUUCUGGCCGCAGUUUGCUUGUAAGCAGAUCUUUAACCAUCACAAGCCGGUGAGACUCUGGAGGUGUUUUGGCGAGUUUUAGCGAGCUGUAGCCGAUGGCGAAUGACCGUACUAACAAGCCCCGCCCCCCUAAAUGAUGAGGCGACCUUGGCGCUCGUUGCUUCCUCGGGCGCCUGAGCGAGAGAAGAACUCCGCUCGUUUAACCUGAAAGCUCCUUCUGCUCUCCAGACGACUUUUAAAGCAUCGUGGUUUUAAUAUUCUCCUUAUUCAGCGAUCGUCACAUUCCACUUCCUCCUGGGAAAAGGGAACACGUGAAUACUUGUAUUUGCUCCUUAUGAUGAACUCAAAUUAAACACACUUCUAUAUUUCCUCAUUAUGACUGCGAUAUGUGGCCCUCAGUCCCGGCUUAUUGUGAAUGGUGAAGUAAAGAGUGAUGUUGUUAAUUUUAGAAACAAAACUAAAAUGAAUCUCGUAGUUCUGUCCAUCUUUUUACUUUUAGAUAUUAACAGCCGCUCUGUUCUAGUUAUCGUGUAAAUGAUGUGAGGAUUCUAUUGCGUCUCUCGGCUAUUGUACAUAUUUGUUUCCCUCCAGCAUGACGAGUGUCCCUCGCGACGCUUCCUCUCACUCAAAUCCUCUUCUUUUGUUUAACUUAUUGUGCUACCAACACAUGCCAUCUUUUGUCUUAUCUUCUUAUUUGCUUGUUUGUUUUUUCUAAAACCUAAAUAAAAUGAAAAUUAAAGAAGUGA